AUGGCCGCUGCUGGCGACACGUCACGCUACGAAUCGUCAGCCGGGGAACUAUCGUCGCCUCCUUCAGGCUCCCUAUCCGAGCCCGGCUCCCCGCCGCGCUCCAAACCAGCGCUCAACAUGGAGCGUGGAGAAAUCGUCGUUGGCGACGAUUCGCGCCAAACGCCAUCGUCGUCGGCACAGCCGCCGGCACAGCGCCAAAUCACCUUCCAGCAGUACCAGCAGCCCUCCGGUUCCAGCAGCACCGCCAGCGGCCGACAGCCAGCACCGAAACGGUUUGAGUUUAUCGACGGUCAAUGGGUUCAGCUCACUGCUGCCGGCGUGCCCCGAAAGAAGCCCGGCCGAAAGCCCGGAUCGGUGGUGAAGCCCAAGACGGCUGCAGACGGCACCGAGCAGCCCAAAGCCCGCAAGCCCCGGAAGCCUCGAGAUCCCAACGCCCCGCCGGUCCAGCGCAAGCGCAAGACGGCUCCUACCUCGGACGUCGACACCGACGGCGACUCGUCGCGACUCGUCGCUGUUUCCCCUUCGGAUGCGGCCACGUCAGGCACCACGAUACACGCUUCGUCCCAACAACACAACCAGCAUCAACAAUCCACCGAACAGCGCUAUUCUCCCAAGAUGCCUAAGCGCGAAGGGUACCCGAGUUCGAUGCAGAGUAUCCUCAACGCCGACCCGCCUGCCAGCUCGACGACCAGCAACACCGUCCCUGUUCGCAGCAGCGGCUUGAGCUACGAUCCUAUUCGUGGCAAUUACGAUCCCGUGCGAGAGACUAUCACGCCUCAUACUACGAACCCGCACCCGUCGGCCUCGGGCUCCCCGCGAGGGCCCUCUCAACUCGCCCACCGAUCGCCCUCUAUUGCGAGCAUGCUGGAGCCUCAGGCCCCCGCCAUGACGUCUCCCAGUCAGUCGCAUCAAGGUUUCCAGUCGAGUGCAGCGCAAUCUCGACUUCAAGGCCAGGAGUCCGGAUCGAUGCCUCCAUCGCCCUCGUAUCGACCCACGUCAACGCCCACCCCGGCUUCGCGACAGGGGGGCUCCGAGACGAAGCGAGACGCCCCGGCCCGCCCGGCGGCUGUCCCCCGCCCGGUUGUGAACCAGGCCAACUUCACCACCAUCUCUAACGGCCCAGUGCGAAAAGUCGACAAGACUCAUACUGGAGUCUCGACCCCCAAGACGGACAACCUCGAUGACCUGGCGCAAGACAGCGAAGGACGGUCGAUCCUAGACUUUGGGAAAGCCAAGCCUGGCGAGGAACUCGAGACCCCAAGCAUCGUGCUUCAUAUCCCCAUUAAGACUGGCGAGACGAACAAGUACGUCAAUUUCAUGCGGAUGGCCGAGGACCGCUACGGUUGGGACGCCCUGCAUCCGCGACUGGCUGCCAACCGGGAUCGAAAGGCACGCAUCGCGGCGGCCGCCGCGUCGCUGGAGAAGGCCGAGUCGGGGCGUGAAUCGGGUGACGAGAUGUCCGUGGAUCUUUCUGAUGGAGAGGCUAGCAACCCGGAAAAUGGCGGCACGAGUGGACCCGAUGCGCAGGCGAAGCCCAAGAAGAAACGUAACUUCAAGGAGGACCAGUACGACGUCGACGAUGACUUUGUGGAUGAUUCGGAACUCCUCUGGGAAGCUCAGGCCGCUGCGAGCAGAGAUGGCUUCUUCGUCUACUCGGGACCCCUGGUUCCCGAGGUAGAAAAGCCUCCGGCAGGACACGAAGGACCUCCCAAGCGUGGUCGCGGUAGCCGCGGCGGCCGUGGCAGCCGAGGAGGACGGGUCAGCACCGGCCGGGGCGGAGGCCCUGGAUCUCGAGGCGGCUCCAUCACGCGAAAGCCGCGAAUCACCAAGUCUGAGAAGCUCCAACGCGAGAAGGAAAAGGCGGAGCGUGAGACCAUGGCGCAGCUGUCGAAGACCCCUACCAACGGCUACGUGUUGCAGCCGACGACUCCGUCCUUCACAGUCAGCGAACUUGGUGCUUAG